ACAGUUAUUCCCCUCUUUAUUUUCCUGCAAUAUUCGAGAUAUAAUCUCCCUUCUGGAUUUUUCUACUGUUGUCACGAGUGACCGCACUUCACAAUGAGCCCCCUCAUUAUAUCUUCUCCAUUUUCACCAUUUCCCUCGCAAAAUCUCACCAUAUAACCUCAAAAAAAAAAAAAGGAACAAUGGCGAAUAAUAUCGGAGUUGGAGAGCUGAAACCCAACAAGAAAGUGAUACUAAAGAAUUACGUAAAUGGGUUUCCGAAAGAGAGCGAUAUGGAGAUCGUGAGGACCGAAACUGUUCGAUUGAAAGUAGCAGAGGGAUCAAAAGCUGUUUUAUUAAAGAAUUUGUACUUGUCUUGUGACCCUUAUAUUAGGAAUAGCAUGUCCAAGCACGAGGAGGCCAAUUAUGUCCCUGAUUUCGUCCCUGGAUCGCCCAUAAGUGGUUUUGGCGUCGGCAAAGUAUUGGAUUCUGGGCAUCCAGAUUUCAAGGUUGGUGACUACGUUUGGGGGAUGACUGGAUGGGAAGAGUACAGCCUCGUAACAUCACCAGAAACCCUGCUCAAAAUUAAAGAUACCGACAUACCCCUUUCUUACUACACUGGACUCUUGGGCAUGCCAGGAGUAACAGCUUAUGCUGGAUUUUACAAGGUUUGCUCUCCGAAGAAAGGGGAAACUGUUUUUGUAUCAGCAGCUUCAGGCGCAGUUGGCCAGCUCGUCGGACAGUUUGCUAAACUGAUGGGCUGUUAUGUGGUAGGAAGUGCUGGAUCUGAUGAAAAGGUUAAUCUUUUGAAGAAGAAAUUUGGGUUUGAUGAGGCAUUCAAUUAUAAGAAGGAAAAGGACCUUAAUGCAGCGUUGAAAAGGUGCUUCCCUGAAGGAAUCGACAUCUAUUUCGAGAACGUAGGCGGAGCAAUGCUCGACGCUGUUCUUCUCAACAUGAGGAACCAUGGCAGAAUCGCCGCAUGUGGGAUGAUAUCUCAAUACAACCUUGAUAAACCUGAGGGUGUACACAACUUGAUGUUUGUUGUCACGAAGCGAUUGAGGAUUGAAGGGUUCAAUGCGUAUGAUUAUUUCCCUAUUUAUGAUCAGUUUUUCCAGAAGACUGUGCCGUAUAUAAAAGAAGGAAAGAUCACUUAUGUGGAGGAUGUUGUGGAGGGGCUUGAGAAUGCACCUGCGGCAUUGAUUGGUCUGUUCUCGGGGAGAAAUGUCGGGAAACAGGUGGUGGUGGUUGCUCGCGAGUAGGAGAGGGUUAUACGUAUGAAAUUUGGUGUGAAUGAAAGUAUUUUGAUAAAACUUGAGGUAUAGAUGGUAUUGAACCAAAAAUGUCUUGAGUGUCGUCGCUGUGUUUGUAUGUUUUUCGCACUAGGUGGUGCUUUUUUUAUGCAAUAAACGUGUCUUAUUGACAUCGUAUACAUCCAUUUUGUUUGUUAUGCUCUGAGUAUGUCGAUCAUUUGGUCUUAGGGUUCUGGAUU